GACCUGCGCGUCUCCUCCAUGGCCAGCGAUGAAGUGUGCACACCGAAACACGACUGGUUCACGGCAAUGCUGACGCUUUGUCUCUGCCUUGGUCUUGUCGUUUCAUAUCUCCCCCAACACUUAAGGAUCAUUCGGAAUGGGACGUCAGAAGGGUUGAGCGCUUGGUUUCUGCUGCUAGGGAGUACCAGCUCUGCAGCAGGAUUUCUCAAUAUGAUCACGGUCCAACACACUCAAAUACGUUGUUGCACGGUUGUCUCGCUAGCAGCAUGUGUUGAAUCGACAGCUGGCAUUGUUCAAGUUGGUUUGCAAUGGGCCAUGUUCUCUUUCAUAUUCGUUCUCUACAUGAUAUAUUUUCCUCCCCAUCUUAAGCUUGCGCAGUCUUCGGAGAUUCCAACGCCACAAAGAGGCAAGAAUUUGCCCAGCCGCUCGAAACUAUGGGCCCACAGCAUCCUCCUUGCAAAUAUUACUAUUGCUCAUUUUGUCAUCUCCGCCGUAUUGACAUUAUACCUCAUUUUCGCGUCCCCCUCUCCACUCAAUUCACCGGCACCUCCAUCCCCAUACCCAGACCCGUCAUUUCCUGACCCAGACUCGUCCACACUACCUCUUCCUCUCGCCAGAUGGGCUUUGUACCUCGGGGUCUCGUCUGCGUCCCUUGCAGUCAUUCAAUACAUCCCCCAAAUCGCGUAUACCUGGCAAGCAAGGCUUGUAGGUGCACUCAGUAUUCCAAUGAUGUGCGUACAAAGCCCAGGGGCAGUCGCCAUGGUGCUCAGCAUCGCGUUGCGUCCAGGAACGAAUUGGACAAGUUGGAUUACAUUCGCUGUCGCUGGCCUGAUGCAGUUUACUUUGCUUUCGAUCUGCAUCGCCUGGAAAUUGCGCCAAAGACGAUUAUGCAUCGACGACUUUGGUCAACCACUCAGUGGAAAUGACCCGUCGUCAAUCUCCGCGACUUCAGUUCCCGAACCUCAAGAUGGUAUCAGCAUAGAGGAAGAGAUUGUACCUGGGCUCGUUGUGGGUGAAGAGGAGAACGUCACUGCCGUACGGAAGGCGUUGGAAAAUGCUUUGGGCGAAGCUGUGGCAGGUGAUGUGAGAGAGGGCACGGAAGUAAGCGAAACUACCCCACUACUCAGUGAGGGCCGUGAGGCGUCUGGAAGCACGAGAUCUGCUUGGUGGUGA